AACUCUUAAAAUCAUUUUUUUUUUCCAUUCACAGUUCCCAAAAUGGCUCUGGUUCAAUCCACAACUCUUGCUCGCCUCAACGUCCCCUUAUCGCCGAUUCUAUCCACACUCCAUGCUCCGUCGUCUCUCUUUCUCCGGAGGGAAACUCGACCGCCGUUCUCAUCCUCCACCGCCGGGAACUUGUCCUUCUCGCCGUCGACGCAUCAGCGGAAGCUUCUGUGCCCUCCGCCUCGCGGCAAGUUCGUUAGAGAAGAUUAUCUUGUGAAGAAAUUAUCAGCUGAAGAACUCCAAGAGCUGGUGAAAGGAGAGAGGAAGGUGCCGGUCAUUGUUGAUUUUUAUGCCACGUGGUGUGGACCUUGUAUCUUGAUGGCCCAGGAACUUGAAAUGCUUGCAGUAGAGUAUGAGAGCAAUGCAAUGAUUGUGAAAGUUGAUACAGAUGAUGAGUACGAGUUUGCACGCGACAUGCAGGUUCGGGGUUUGCCUACAUUGUUAUUCAUCAGUCCUGACCCAAGCAAAGAUGCAAUCCGGACAGAAGGGCUAAUUCCAAUUCAGAUGAUGCGGGAUAUCAUCGACAACGACAUGUGAAGUCUUGUCCUGAAGAAACACUUUCUUUCUUUAGGAUUGAAAUAGUUUAUUUGACUUUUUGAGGAUGCGGUAACAACGUCAUCAUGUUUCAUAAGAAAAUGUAAACGAGAUGAAUGUAGUAAUCUAAGAAUUUAUAUGUAUCCAGUGUUAGUUUCGGUUAAACCUUUUAAGCUCGAUGACUACUUAAGAGCAUAAGUGAAGCUAAAGAUCUGAGCCGUUGAUCGGGCACAUUUAAA